AUGGUAAAGAUCUCAUGCGAGGACGGAAAGAUCUAUGUAUCGUCACCAGACCCAACAGUGUUCAAUGUAGAGAGGGAAAUACUAAGACUAAUAAGUGACAAGGCGUGUAGAAGAAUAUUUGGGCAUUUUAAAACAGCAACGUCACUGCCAAUAGCACUUAAUGAGGGAGAUGAAAUCAAAUUAGGAAGAGUGAAACUGACAGUGAGACACCUAGCAUACAACUCAAGUCUUCCACUAUCAUACCUACAUGAUUUAAUAUCCGACGAACCAGAUACUAUUGCGUCAACAGAUAAUGACUCAGAAAAUUUAAACUCAGCUAGAACGAAUCAAACAGUUUCUGUUGUUAGCGAGAACGGAGAUAAUUCGAAAAAAGAAACGGAUGCCACAAACAACAGCCGUUUGAAUGCUAGUAACAACGAGUCUGUAACAGAACCAAUGACAAUUAGCAUAAAGUACGAUGACCCCAUGGUCGCGUUGAGUAACACAGAUGUUGACUUAAAUUCGUCACUUAACAGGGACAGUAAAAGACUUAAGGAUGGAAAUAAUUCAUUUUAUGACAUUUUAACGACGAGAACGAACCUAACAUCCGAUACAAUUACCAAAGUCACUGAAAACAUGGAAAACACGUGUCGAAUUUGUUUGUGCAAUGAUGAUGGGAGUGGUCCACUGAUAACACCGUGUAAGUGUAAAGGAUCCUUGACCUACGUACACCUUAGCUGUAUAAGGUCAUGGAUUAAGGGACGCCUGAACUGCUAUGCAGAGGGAACGCCAAACACCAGCUUCUUCUGGCAAAAACUUACAUGUGAGCUCUGCGGAACACUUUACCCAACGAAAAUCAGCAUAGACAACAAGGAGCACGACUUUGUUGACAUCGAGCAACCACAACCACCGUACUUAGUGCUAGAGCCGGAAAACGUAACCGAAAAGGGAUAUUUCAUAGUAUCAUUAUCCAAGAACCCUGCCAUAAUUGGCAGAGGACACCUGUCUGACAUAAGGUUGACGGAUAUUUCAGUGAGUAGGAACCACUCAACUCUUUUAUUUCAGAACGACCGUUUUAUUAUAAAGGAUACAAGGUCAAAGUUUGGCACCUUAAUUAACUCCAGUAAGGAUACUGGCUUCAAGACUCAGAUUUUUCACGAUAACCCUGUUUUGCUCAAAAUCGGCAACGGGAUACUUUGCAUCAGUAUUAAGAAAUCUUUCAGACCCUUUUUCUGCUUAAACACGUACCCACAGCAGACAAAUUCCUUUUCCCUUUAA